CAUUAGUCGUCAUACUACCUUUAAAGGUUUGUCCUUAAAAUAGAUGACUUUGUAGAAACAGUACAUUCACUGUAUCAAACUCAUUUGAUCUGGACAUGAUCGUAAACGAAAACAUGUUUAUGUUUGUUAUUUUGAUAUUGUCUUCAAUUUACAUCACGUCUUCGGAAUAUGCACCGAGUUGUAGAAACUUUGAUUGUGAAUACAAACUGUUAUCAAAAUUAAUACAGCUUGAAGAAAAGACAGCUCAACAGGAUAGCAAGAUAUCUCUUUUAACUGCAAAACUUGAAGAUGCUGAAAAAACAAUAGCAAACCUGAACGACACGAUUGUAACAAACCAGAAAUCUGCUGAUGGUACCACAUACAUUCGUUGGGGCCGCACCACGUGUCCUGGCAAAGCCGUUCUAGUUUACGACGGCUACGUUGCCGGAUCGGAUCAUUUGCAUAGCGGAACUGCCGCAAACCCAUUAUGUCUGCCAAAAGAUCCAGACUACGAUAAGUAUCUCGACGGUUUUCAAGAAUCAGGUAGGAUAUGUGGAGCAGAAUAUCAAACAAACAGUUAUCCGAAAUGGAAAUAUCUUCAUGACCAUGAAAUUCCUUGUGCAGUUUGCCAAAUACCACGUAACAACGUUCUUAUGGUGCCAGGGAAAGAUCGUUGUCAUGACAACUACAUGUUAGAAUAUAAAGGCUAUCUUAUGUCUGAACAUUUCAAACACGCUUCUUCCUCUGAAUUUGUGUGUGUUGAUGGAAAUCCCGAAACAAUUAAGGGGACUCAUCAGAACCUGAAUGGCAAAUUAUUUCAUUUCGUUGAAGGCACUUGUGGCUCUCUACCUUGUAAUCCAUAUAAGAACGGAUGGGAGCUAACAUGUGCUGUAUGCUCGUAUUCAUACAAUGCAAAGUCGACAAGUAUUCAGCCAUACACGUAGUUUUCAUACGCUCUUGUAAAUUCUCGAAAACUGAAAUCUGUAACAAAGAUCAAUUCUUAAUGUUUACUUAUUAACAUUUACUUUAACUUUUUUUAUACUGAACAUUUUUAACACAUAAUGUUGUUGUUUCACAAACUCAUUUAAAUAAACAUCAUUUUUACACUGUUGUUUGCUCGUAAUAAAGACACAUUGAAGUUUGAAACAGAAAAUCUUAUUACUGUUAUAACUACACAUUGCCUGAAUGAUUUUAAUUAACAACAUGAUUUCACGAUAAUGUAUAAAUAAAAACUUAAUAAUAUUGUUUCAUGUUUUGUUUCGUUCUAUUUUAUUUUUAAUGAAGCCACAUAUAUAAAGAUU